UCAAGGGCAAACUUCGUUGGAAACUUUGGCAAGUGACAUGAAAAAAACCAUUCCGAUCAGUACGAUACCCUCCGGGUCAUCAAUAGGCCGGAGACUUCAUGCAUCGAACUUCUUUUUUCUCAACAGUCAUAUUAAACAUACAAAAUCACCAUCACGGCCCCUGACUUUCUGUUCACCUGAAAUCAGGAGAAACAAACCAUAUAUUGCCUCACAGGCCGGAGAUAGGACAAGAAAAAUGAGCCGUGUUCCUAUCGAGCCCCAACGGGUUGACGCCCCUUUAACACAAUCAGCGACAUUCCUCGUCGUAUCCAUUGUAAAAACGUCCAGCGAGUCGCAAAGUUUCUCGCCGGAUGCAAUCAAAACAAUACGCUCUGCCCUCGCAAGCUUAGAUGAUCUUGCAAAGAAUGUAGCGAGUAAGCAUCACCGAAUCCCUUGAAAUCAUUCGGGUUUCUUUCAAUUAGAGAGUAUGAAGUCGAUAACCAAUUGCUUCUUUCAGUUCGAGAUCUCAACGCUUCGUUUGCAUGCACUGUUGGAAUAGGAGCCUUGGCAUGGGAUAGUGUAACUCGUCUUCCACGCCCCUCCGAACUGCACAUAUUCUCAGAAGUGAAGGGAGCCGUUCAUACCGCUCCUUCCACACCUGGUGAUCUCUUCUUUCAUAUUCGUUCCGAACGUCGCGAUCUCUGCUUCGAGUUUGAGAGACAGCUAUUAUCUCUCCUCGGUUCCUCCAUAUCGGUCGUUGACGAGACGGUAGGAUUCCGCUACUUUGAUGUCAGGGACUUGCUAGGUUUCGUGGAUGGUACGGCCAAUCCUGUUGGACCAGCCGUUCCAGACUCGGUACUUGUUACCCAAGAAGAUAUCGGAGUAAGCUCUACAGAUUCUGCCUCAGUUUCGGCUGUGGGAGGAAGUUAUAUUGUUUUACAAAAGUAUUUGCAUGAUAUGAAUGCUUGGAGGGCAUUGAAAACAGAGCAGCAAGAAUCGAUCAUUGGCCGCACGAAACUUGACAAUGAGGAAUUGGAUGAUGCACCUGAGGGUCGACAGCUUUCACAUAAGAGCUUGGCAACUAUUGAGGAUGAUUCUGGCGAGUACGACAUACUGAGAGAUAAUAUGCCUUUUGGUUCGCCUGGACAAGGAGAAUAUGGCACGUAUUUCAUCGGCUAUUCAAGGAGGUUAUGGGUCAUCGAGAAAAUGCUUAGGCGAAUGUUUGUAGGCGUUCCAGAGGGAAAGCAUGAUCGAUUACUGGAUUUCUCAACGCCAGUAACAGGGUCCACCUUCUUUGCCCCGAGCGCCAGUCUGCUUGCUAGUCUUGGAGAUGAUUGA